GAAAAUAACCUUAACUCAUUUCACUGCGAACAUAAAUAACAGGGCCUUCUCCCAUUAGCGAGGGCUUGCGAAUUAACUCAUAGGAACAGUCGCGUAACCUCAUGCUGUAUUUGUAUAGAUUUUCGUGAUUGCCAUCAUUCUAUUCGAUUGUUCAACAAUGUAAUUGUUGGUCUCCCUCGAUCUAUAUUUCAUUGGAUUUUUUUGAUUUCUUUUUGUGGUUGGUAAUUUCGCUUAGUCAUCGUCGCGUUGCCCACUCUAAUUUUAACUGCCGUUGUAUAAUUUAUCCAGUGUGAUUUUCUGCUCACCGUCGAAUUUGGGCAUUGCUUUUGGAGGUGGUGUUGAGAAGGUUUUCUAGAGCAACGAAAACGAUCAAUACACGCAUUAGAAGAAGAAAAGAAAUUCAUACCAAGAAAUUUCUUUAAGAAUUAACGUUCUUUUUAUUCAACUUCUAUUAUUAUAAAAAUGUUUGGGUUCAGAAAAAAAAGGUAUCGGGACAAGGAAACCGGAAUCGUGUACGAUGAAAACGGUAAACCAUGUAAAACAUGCAAUAUUUUCUCGGCUUUCCAAAACCAGGCCGCCGAAAUGACAUCUCCAACUUCGUCAAAUGCAGCUAACGGAUCGCAUCAACAGAAACAAUCCGCUGCAAGCACAAAUGAAAACUCACAGCGUAUUCAGCAACCUCCUGUUAUAACCAACUCUUCAAAAAUUGUUCCUCAGCUUCCUAACGUUGCAGAGCUGGGACGGGCAACUUGGACAUUUUUGCAUGCUAUGGCAGCGACGUAUCCUCAUAAUCCAUCAGCAGCACAACAAGCCGAGAUGUACAACUUUUUACACUCGUUCUCUCGGUUCUAUCCAUGCUGGUCAUGUGCCGAAGACUUGCGACUUUGGAUUGCCAAGGAUGGAAACGAACCACGUGUCGGCAGUCGCAGGGAACUAACACAUUGGGUAUGUGAAGCUCAUAACGAUGUAAACGUUCGCAUGGGGAAGCCCGCCGUUGAUUGUAACAUUUGGGCUGAAAAGGCUUCCAAGCUAGCUGACUAGGUCAUUCGUUUGUCCGGUUCACGAAAAGCAGACCAAAAAAAUAACAACAAGUGGUAAAUCACAGCAGAAAAAUUUAUUCGUAUGUACAGAAAUUUUUAAGAAAUCCAUGAAAUGCUCACCGUUACUUUAGCAUAGGAGGGGUAAAAGUAACAUAGCUGAGUAGGAAAGAUCGCAAAUUGCCGCCAUAUUAACCAGAUAGUUCUUUUAGCGCUUGCAAUAAAUCCAUAGCAGAGGGCAAAUGAUAGUCGGCCAACGUUGGCUUGUCCGUGUAACCAAUUCUGAUACAGAAAGUUGAAACGGAAGCAGGAUUGGUGGCGGUAGCUUCGGUAUCUUGUUUCUUGCUGUUCUGCUGACGAUUCCGGUAACGAUCACGAAUAGCUUCAAACAUGUUUUCAUCCGACUUGUCGUCGCCUGCACAGAACACGAAUUGAAGAUCUUUAGGCGAGCAAUUCAAAAUACGUUGAAUAACAGAACCUUUAUUAAGCAUGGAGGGAUGAACCUCAAGUGAGUAUUUGCUUGAUACGACUUCAGUGUUCUGAUUGUUGCUGAGAAAACCUUCCAAAUUGGUUUGACACUCAAGGGCCUGAAACUUUCCAUAGCUUGUGUUUGCGUUUGCAAAAUUCCACAACAGUGAGGCCUUUUUUUCAUCCAGUGAGGAUCCCUGUGUCCGCUCCGUAAAGUAUUGCAAAACAUUGCGGACACUGUCCUUCCAUGACAAAUCCAUAUCACCUGUCAAAUCUUGCCAUUUAGAACUCUGGGGUGGACGUACAUAACUUCCAUGUUCAGCCAAUAAACCCAGCUCAGAGAUGUCACCCAUCCAUUCGUCAAGGAACUUCUUUGACCGUCCUGACAGUACCCAGACUAUAUUCCGGGGAUUAGCUGCGAGACGCUUUAACGUUCGCAACAACUUGUCCGUUGGAAUAGGUGUGCGCACAUUCUUUGUGUUUGCGAUAAGAGUACCAUCGUAAUCAAGUAGAAAUAGCCGUUUGUUAGCUUUCCUGUAAAGCGGGAGAACCUGUGAGGUUUGAAGAGCAGGUGUAGUUAUGUGAAUAUCCAUGGCGACGAUUUGGUUGCCAAUAGUUUCUAUAAGAUUCGUUAUCCAUGCUGAGGAA